UAACGUCACCUUCUUGAGAAUUUACUAACUCACUACGCGAUAAAGGGCAUACCGGUAUGCCCUCCAAUGCACCCAGUGGAAUGUGCACAGUCUCCUUCGAUUUCCUACUUCCAGAUAUUUCUGUAUAUUUAGAAAGUUUCAUUCAAGUCCAAGCAUGUUCUCCAUGCAUGUUCAAGUAAUGACAUGGUAUUCCAUCAUUGUCAUUCCCAGGAUCCACGGUGGCGCCAAUACAUGUUGUUGCAGUGUCCGAAGAUGUAAAAAAAAAAAUUCAGUACACUGUGUCGUGUCAUGUUUACACAAAUGGUUGAAAUAACCUCUGUCGUAUAGGUUACCAUUAUUUUUUAGUGCAAAUAUUUCAAAAGCUAAAGUUGCUGAACCUUUACGGAAUUUCCAGCCGCGUGCAUGUAAAACUUGUCCAAAUAUCAGUGCCUGGUACCCACGCACUUCAUUAUCCGGGUUUUUGGCUAGUCAUGGCGUGUCCGUAACAAUGAGAAAUAUGAUGUCGCGCACCAGCGCCGAGGCUAUCUGAUCGAUGUUUGUUUCUGCAAACAUUUUCAUCACAAAACGUCUGCCUCUUGUCUCUGAAAUGACGUAUUAUUUGUUACAAGUCGGCAGUAUCGUCAAAAACAUGUCUGGGUCGAUGUUUUCCAUCUAGCAUGUCUAGACUAGAGUAAGAUUUUGGCGCAGUGCCACUGAAUCAGGAACACCCCCGCAUUUACCACGUAGUAUUUAAUAUUGCUGUAUACACCGAUCUACACGUUCAUCUACGGGCAAGUUUGAACAUGCCUACUGCAGACUUGUUGGAACACGAACAUUUUGGGCAAGAUGGAAAGUGAAACGCCAGUCUCCAAAAAACGGCGGCGGUCAAAACACUGUCAUCAUAAUGGGGACCAAAAACGGUCUUCCAGUUCCCAUAGUUCCUCGGUAGAGGUCACAACAGCUACCUGUAGGCCAACCAUGCCAACCAUCAUUGCCACAUCGUCAUCCAAAGCACCAUCCCGUGAGGAGGCGGCAAUCGCUAUGGCAACUGUUCUCGCAAGUGAGCUACGGCCUGAACAUAAACUCCCGAGCAGAGACAUCCUCGUGCAGCCAAAGCCCAAGUUCAUGGAAUUGCUUCAGACAGUCGGGGCUCAAGGACCAGUUCUUACGGCCAGGCAAGUGCUGUCUUAUCUCAUUAAAUACAUUAGCAGUCGCCAACUGUAUGUCCAGCAAGACCCAAAAAGAGUUUACUGUGAGAAAGAUCCAUUGGGUAAGGUGUUUGGUGUUCCGACAUUCACAAUAAAAGAUGCAAGAAAACUGCUUUUUGAGAACAUGUCAGUGUUGAGAGAGUCCCCAGACUUUCAAACACAACACAAUGAUGCAUUUCAGAGACAGCAGCGUACACUGUACUACACAUUUCAUCAGGCGCAACAAACAGAUGUUGCAAGACCAUCUGCUGUCCCAACACGUUCAGCCACCGCCCCCUCUCCCCACUCUUUGCCAUCGGCAACACACAGGCUGAAACAAGUGGAUAGCACCAGUAAAUCACUCUCUGCAAUGAAAAGGACCAGUGGGGAAGCCAGUUUCACUGAAUCGGCUGCUUUCAGAGGAGAGGAUCUCUCUGAUGGUGCACAUGUAACCAGGCCACUUCAAUCUAAUCGUGACCUCUCGUCAGUGUCUGUCACCUCAGCUCCAAAGGAAUCCCCAUUUUCAUCGGAGUUAAACAUUGGCAGUGCAAGGAUACCACUGAGUGAUCAAAUGCCCUGUACAGUUACUCCUAGUGCCAUCAGACAACAUAUCCAGGCUCCACUGGCGACACCCAAGAUCUCGCUAGUGAAGGAGACCAUGUCGAAGAGAUCAACAUCGACUCCGUGCACUGUCACAGCAUCACAGAGCAAAGUGAGCCUUGUUACUGAGGCCCCGCUUGCCUCGGACUUGCCAACUCCAUCAGCACCAGUUGCCCCAGGACUGUCCAUGGUGCGGUCACCAUUCAGUCGUGGGCACAAACGAAAACAGAACCGGCUAACCUCCGAUUCCUCUGAAGACUACGCACACAUGACCAGUCGUCAAAACACAUCAUCCUUCUCAGAGACUGACAAAGUUGCCAACCGACCUUGGUACUGUGUGCUGUACCAUCCCAGCGAGGAACUGCGGUCUCAAGGCAGUGAGGUUCUCAGUAUUCAGGACUGUGAUACAGCCAUUGUUGCCGAUUCGUCUGAUGACCUGUGGUUUGUGGACGAGGAUGAGGGAACACCAGUCGAGUACGAAGUACCAUCUGACUCCAGUGAUGAUUAUACCAUUAAUAAAGGCAGCUCCGAUGAUGACAGCAGUGGUACCGAAAUGGUGUAUGAUGUUCUUUUGCAAGGGGAAGACAGUGGUGACUCACACUUUGCCGACAAUAGUGAUGAGGACACCACUGAUACUGAGAUUUCGGACAUGGACAAGUGGGAGUGCACCGAGUGCAGCAUGCGCAACUCUCCAUUCAAGCGUUAUUGCAGCCGCUGCUGGGCCCUACGCAAAGGCUGGUUGCCCGACAACCAGAGAAUGACCCUGAAAGAAAGACUACAAAAUUCUAACCGGCCCCUACGGAGAUCUUUCUCAGCCCCUGCCGGAAAUACCAACCCACUGUCUCCCUGGUGCCCAGCACAGACUCCAUGUGCUGCCGGCAGUGUGACAACUGGUGCCCUGCCAGUUGAAAUCAGGCCAACUUCACCGAUGCAGGAUCCUCAGAAUGUUGAUCUCUGCAUCACCGAGCCCAGCCAAGAGCUGCCUAGAUUGUCACGUGACUUCGCUGAUGGCAUGACCCCUGACCUGGAUGGGGACAUGACUGAUGGGAAGAAUGAUAGUGAAGACGAAGCAGGCACGGGUGUCACAAGGUCUGGAGAACGUAAACACCAGCAAGUCAGCGACGAGCAAGGAGACAACUCCCAAGAUACUGUCCUCAUCACGCAGGAUUCACCUGGUCAGCAAGUGGAUUCAGACAUACAGUCGGAAGUGGAGGAGUCACGAAACACACAAGCAGGCAUUCAGCAAAGGGAAGACUCCGGAAUUGGUUUGACCCAAGAGAGCAUGAAAACUAACAAUCUCAGCUUCAGCACAUCAUCAACAGUGCCAGCUGCCAGUUCUGAAUGUCCUUCGAAAAGCCAACUAAAGAAUAAAAGCAGCCACCCACCGAGAAAGAGACAGCGAUCAGCAUCUGGCUCAGACCUUCCUGAGCAAAAUGGACUCUCCCUCAGCCUGCUGAAAACAUUCAAGUGUAGCGCCUCUUCCAUUCCGCAUGUGGGGAAGGGAGCCGUGCCACAUUCUCUGCAGACCGAGAAGAGUGAUCCCGGGGCUGGCCCCUCAUCCGCACCCGCAAAUGUUGUAACCAAACACUACAACGACUUGUGCAUUAUUUGUUAUACUCGACCGAAAACGGCUAGUAUCAUUCACGGGCGCACCGGUCACCAAGUCUGCUGUUACCCUUGUGCAAAGAAACUCCAUCAUCGAGGGAAACCGUGUCCCGUUUGUCGUAGAUCCAUACAGGCUGUCAUCAAGAACUUCUUACUCUAGUCAAAACUGUAUGCUAUUAUGCAAUAUGUGCUCAUACACAUACCGAAUCUAACUUUUCAGAAUGAAACACUUUAUGCAAGAUACAAUACAUGUAUAUUUUAUAAAAAGUUCCCAUGUUAUUUGCCUAGUUGUUGUUAACCACUACACACAUGCAAACAACACUUCAUAAAGUAAGAGUCAGAUAGUAUAAGACAGUGAAAAAAAUGGACUGUAAUUUAGUCCCAAUGUUCAACAAUGCAAACUCUGAAUCUUUCCAUUAUUAUUCUGCAUAAUUAGCGUUAAAUGGCAUUGAAUUUUGUCAAUUGCACAUGACAGUUAUCCACAGUAUGGUUGCACUUUAAGAUCAGCAAUGAAAUUUAAAAAGGCUUCAGAAGUACACUGUAGUGCCCUGUAAAUUGUUUUGGCCAUACAUGUACAUGUACCUCACACACAAUGCUGACGCACAUGGUCCUUGCCUAAUUGCAGGCUGCCAAGAAAUAGACUGGCUACGUCCAUGUAGCUGACUAGCACAUGUAGUAUGAUUUGCCCAAACUUGAAUUAAAUGUUACGACUGUUCUCAUAAUAUGAAUACCGUACGUAGAUCAAUUCUAAGGAAGUCAAAGUUUACAGUCACGUGCAAAUUUGUCUCAUAAUUUUGCUGCAUAUGUUUAACAGAUCUAAGCAAGCAGUAGGUCAUGCAUUAGCACAGUCAUGCACCACUGAUUGCUAGUGUCUAUUGGUUGGAUGCCUUUUUGUGCUACCGGUUUCAGUGCUUUGCCAUGCGAGCAGCCAUGGUUUACGUUGUCAGAAUCCACAAACUGGAUUCAUAAACUUCUUAUUAAUACCGGUAUGUAGUAAGUACCGCCACCUGCAGUGGUGCUGAUGCACUGGUACAUCAGAAACGGAAGCAUGUAAUGGUUUGUUUGUUUGUUGUCAAGUGGAUGUAGGCAAGAGAUAAGCUUUUGACAAGCUGUAAUUUGUCAAACUUGUUAGGAUGUAUGUUUGUAAGAGCACCAGGUGGGAACUUUACCGGUAGGCCUACGUGCUUGCUCUGUAACUUACAAGAGCCAAGAAAUACGAGUUAGAUAGUAGUAAGUACAUGUACAUGUAGGACACCUGCAUGCUCCAGUUGUGUUCGUGGCAUAGUGUGCAUAACCAAUUUUCAGCUGAAUGUGCACAGAAUGCAGCAUCAAUAUGGCACUUAAUAAGUGUUGAUAGCAGUUUACAGCUGAAGGUGUUCAUGGUCCCAAUUCCAUGUUUGUUUGUCGCACAUGCAUGUGUAAAAAAAAUGCCUUAUCUGUCGUAUUGAAUAGCCCCUGUCAAUGAUUUCAUAGUUCACACGUCAAAAGAAAUUAGUUCUCUUGCAAGUAUUUUUUACAUAUGUGGAAAUUGUCAUUUCAUUUGCGUCAGCUAAUCCCAUUCAUUUUGUGAAUUUGUUAAUUGUCUCUAUUUUCGAUUGAGGAGUGAUAUUUUUUUUUAUUUUUCAGCUUUUGUGCCCAGUCCUUACAACAUGUACAAUGCUGUUGAUAUGUACUGAUCUUUUUCCACACAUCACCAAGUCAAGUUCUAAAAUAAGUACAUGUAUUUGGUUGCAAAAGGGUAUUUCCGGCAGCCAAAUGCUUUCAAAAGCACCUGUCAGGUACAUGUAAGCUAAUUUCAUAACAUCAGCUAUCGCAGAUUUGCACUGCGCCAUUUUCAGGUAUUCUUUGUUUUCUGACAGUUUUUAAAAAGGCUGCGCACCUGCCCUUAGACCUGCCCCACGUUUUGUUGAAAGACAAGCCACUGUAGCCAUACUUGUAGAUAAUCCACAUACUUGUAAGUGUAUCUUAACUGUUAUAUAUUUUUGGUAGUUUCAUGAAGAUGGUGCUGAUGUCCUAAAAACUGUUCACAUAUUGAAAUGUUAUCUUAUUUUCGGAGUAAACAAAUACCUGUACAUGUACACCUCGAUAUGUCUAAUUGUAAACAAGUUUGAAUCAAAUCUUUCAAUCUAUUGACACAAACUAACUUUUGUCUUACCAUCCUAGUCCAGGAAGCUUGUGCUCUGCUUGUGCAAUGUACAAUGAGUUUAAAUGCCAAGCCUACAUUGAGCAGGAAAACAAGAUGGAGGAUUUGAGCAGUUUGUUAGUUCAGAUGAACGAACUAAAAAGGAGUGCACAUGACAAUGUGGAUAAGAUCAAGUGUACCAACUGACUGAGGCAUACAUGCACCGUACAUGUGCACAUUCACGACAUGUGCAUGGAAAUCGGUUACUAUCCACAAUACAUGGACUUGAAAGAAUGUUACCAACAUGCACAUGUUGCUCCAUGCAGUGUCUUUAUCACGGAGGAAACAGUAUUACAUCCUGGCUAACAUGAUGUACAAAUGUAACUCUGCCUGUUUUUUUGGGGGGGGGGGUUGUGAAAAAUUGCUUGACUUUGGUAAUAUGUACAUGUAUGUAUAUUUUGACAGUUUUAUUUAUUUCAACACAAUAUAAGAAUAUUUAUUUCAGAAUGUGUUAUGUUUUUAUAUGAUUCACUUAUAAUGUGUACAUGUGGACUGUUAAUAAUCAGCUGUAGGGGAUUCCAAAAUCUCCAUCAGGCUGGCCACAUGUUCAUGUAGUUGGAGCAUGUGGAAAAUUUGAGGGCUGAAACUGGAAAUUGAUUAUUAAUUUGUUAUUAGAUUGUACUGAUGGCAUUUGUCCAAUACACAAGACAGGUGUUACAGUA